UUCUGCGCGAGCUCUCCGUCAGCUCUCUCGCGCACUCCGCUCUCCAUUCACAUGUAAAUUAGGCCCCAUAAAUGCACCCGUUGGUCGCUCACUUUUUGCACAAUACCCGCCUCGCUUGUUAGCACCGUGUGUAGACCUUUGUUUCAGACUGCGCUCGCCAGCCAUCUGCCCUCCAUUCAGGAGUCGUAACGGCACUGCGUGCUUGCUCGGAGCGCUCUCUCUCUCACUCUCUCUCUCAUUCUCUCUCUCUCUCUCUCUCUCUCUCUCUCUCUCUCUCUCGGAAACCCAGCAGCAAUAUGGCCCCUGUUUCCCGCAACAGCAAGUCUGAAGAUGACUAUUUCGGGAUUAAAGGAGACAGAAAGACGAGAAAGCCCUUGGUGGAGAAGAAGAGACGCGCCCGGAUUAAUGAAAGUUUGCAGGAGCUGCGGCUGCUCCUGAGCGACUCAGACGCGCAGACAAAGAUGGAGAACGCCGAAGUGCUGGAAAUGACUGUGAAGCACGUGGAAAGUAUUCUUCAAAACAGAGCGAAAGCGGCUGACAGCAUGAACCGUGAGGCGAGUGAACGCUUCGCUGCCGGUUAUAUCCAGUGUAUGCAUGAAGUGCAUACGUUCGUAUCCAGCUGUCCAGGCAUCGACGCCACCAUCGCGGCCGACCUGCUCAACCAUCUGCUGGAGUGUAUGCCUCUGAAUGACGAAGAUCGCGUCCAUGAUCUGCUCUCCGAUUUGAUGGGAGACUGUGUGAACGGUGGCGCUUGGGCAAGCGAGGGCAUGCACGCUGUGAUGUCCCCACGUGAAGGAAGUGCCACCAGCAGACCUUCAGAUCUUUCCCCCUCCCCAUCCAGCAUGUCGAGCGAUGAUCUGUGCUCGGACCUCGACGAGACCGACACUGAGCACAGUCACGUAGACAGUCGGGACGCCCACAAUAAUCUGCCCACUGCUUUCUAUUCCAAAUCAGUAUGGAGACCCUGGUAGACUCUGACAGAUCCCUGAACCAUAGCAGUAAGAUGUAAUGCAGCAGAACCCUGUGUAGCUGUUAGUGCGGAUUAUGUAGAAAGACUGGUCAUGUAUGUGAGAUUUUAGCUGGGAAUAAGAAGUGUCUGUAACAGAUCUGAAAAGCUCUUCAUUGGUGAAACAGCCUUGGUGUCAACCUAACAACACUGCAACAUCAGCAUCUUUGUAGCGUAUUUAAAUAUAUUUUUUGUAUAAGCUAAAUUAAGACGACACUGUUCUGAUGAGUAUUUCUAGGAAGUAUCUUAUUAUUGUAGACAGAUGUGUAAAUAUUUCAUUGUUGCUGUAGAUAUAUUGAUUACGUGUGCGUUUUCUUCAUUAAAAACAUAAACACAUA